AUGGCGCCUUCACUUCGAUUUUUUGAUCACCAUGAAGAGCAACUGCUCCACCUCACGCUUGGCUUUACCGCUCCUCAUCCGACGACAUUCUAUAAAGUGAAACUCGAGGGCGCUCAUUUCGCACCACUUCCUCCAGGUCCAGACCUAAUUGGAACAGCACCAUAUCAUCCUUAUGGUCCGAUGAAAGAAUCUCUGUUCCCGGGAUGGGAAGAAAUUGCUCGGCUUCGUUCGGACUCAACGUUUUGCAGCUCUGCUGUUAUUCAGUCAUCAAACGAGGUCCCCCGCCUUGCGGUCAAGGGUGUGCUGUUUCUAGAGACGGAUGUCCUUCAACAAGAGUCUGCAGAGCGUAUGCUGAAGGAAGCGAAAUUUUAUGCCGCCCACUUGCAGGAGCUUCAGGGAAAAUUCGUUCCGAGAUACUAUGGUCUAUGGCAUGCACCUGUCACACAAUGGGGCGGAGAGGUGCUCAUUGCAGUCAUGGAAUGGGGAGGUAUGCGAUUAAGCGCCUUCCUUCACAGUGAGAUUGCUACUUUGGCGCGUCGCUUUCGAAUUGCUGAAGCUUUGGAUGAGCUACAUGAUCAUGGCGUAUAUCAUGCACAGAUUGGGGUAGGCCAGGAACGGCAUGUACUAUAUAACAUCGAAACUGAAUCCGUUCGAUUUGUGGACUUCUCUGACGCAUUCGCGGGACAUAUUUGUGGACGACAACUCCCCGUGCGAUUAUUCGAUUCAUAUCCUAGUCGUAUCCAAUUUGGAUGUCGAGAGGCUUACAGUAUAAGGCAAUGCCUGGACUUAUUUGGGAAUCGCGUUCGUAACAGGGAUGAUGAUCAGAUGAACGUAGCGUUAAUGCAUAUGCAGGGACUACUUGCCCGAGGAGUGUCUCGAAGAGAAGCUCUACACCUUGUAGGAUGCACAAUUGACCACUGGCGCACACUUCCCGAAUUUCAACUAAAAAGACGGCCUGUUACUGAGAAUAGCAUUCCUUUAUCAGGAGACGAAAUGCAAAUCAUGAAGAAUUACUAA